AACUGUGUCAAAGUGAACCUCAAAGCAAACAACAUAUGCUGGACACCAUUAGAUUACAUUCGGCCUACCUACAUAAGUACUAAAGCCCGGCGCCAGGGAUCUUGAUCAAACUGGCCAACUGGAACAACACCCGGAAGACGGAUUGGACCGUCUAUGGCGCGCCACAGCUUUUCUCCCCCUCCUUCACUACAUACUGUACAUACUGGUACAAAGUACGGAGUGCCUCUGCAUCUUCUUCUGCCCGUUCAUCAUCCAUGCAUUCAUUUCAUCUGUCGCAUCGCAUCGCAUCGCAGGUCUGAUCAGGAUUCAUAACCAGGGACAAACAAACAUUGACACAAUACAGCAGAACAGGUACGGACACCUUUGCUGCCCAAUGACAAAAUGUCUGGGGCAAGCUUAUGUAUAAUGGUGGCCGUAUCUGCAUGUCCAUUGAUUGAACCCUCCGGAGAUUGCGCUAACCGUCCCCAUCAGGAUCCAGCCAAGAUGUUGAUCCCUCAUCCCGACUCUGUUGCUUGGAUACGAACGUUGAAGAAAUGAGAAUGCUACUCGAGCAAUCACCAUCCCUCUCACAACUUACCAUCACUCGCUCAGAAAAGCAGGACCACGACAAAAGACCGUAACGUGGACAAGGGGCGGAAUGGUAACUGGCCAUGCCAUGCCAUGCCAUGGGCGGCGGCAGGCGGCGGCUGUCAAACUGGCUCCAGAAAGGGCCGUCCCAUUAGCCUGCCUCUGUCCUUGACCUGACCUGGCCUGUCCUGUCCAUACCUAGUGCCUGGCAAGCCCCAGUUCAACCUUGCUCAGAGUAGCGGUCGAUCUUCGUCUUCCAUCCACAGUGAAGCCAUGGCAAAGCAACGCGACGCAUCAAAAUGCUACUGGGCACCGUACCAUGGCACCUUCAGCCUUCAGUCCAUCUAUGUAUGUCCUUCAAGAUACAGGGUAGGAUGGCAUGGCUAGAAAUUUUUGACCCACCGACAUUCCAGUUGCGGCAUCCCGAGCACAAUGUCAUCAUGGUGCCGAGUAAGGUCUGAAAGAAGAAGGGGGUUUGAUAGUGGUGGUAGAGGUAGUCUUCAUUCGACAUGGUUGCUCGUCCGCAUAAAGCGAACAAGACACACGAAACUAUCAGCGAUAUGAACUAAACUACAAUCGAUAAGGUCAAACAGAAAGGAGCAUCGUGAACAGGAUUCACAAUCAACAUUGCAACUGGCCAGGAUGAACUCAGCAUGCAUCUGACAUCUUUUUGUCGACUCCCUCUCCACCUGAUACGUCGAGAUGAGGAAGAAAGAAAGAAAGAAAGAAAGAAAAAAAAAAUUUCAACGUCAGGUGGACCACGUGCACCGGUUUGUUACAGUGAGAUAGUCAGCAUGAAUUCUCGCUUCUUCCUCCUGGUUUGGACUGGGCUUGCAAGUUUACAAUGUGCCGUAUCUCCACGGCUACGAUAUUCGUCUGCACUAGACCUUGACCCAUAAGCCAUGCCGCCCAAUGGCUUCGGCCUGAGGGCUUGGAGGAGCAAGCAGAUGCAAAAGACAAGGGUGCUUCGAUGAAGCUUCGGGCCCAUGUCUCUCCUCGUUAGCGAUGAGGACCCUUAACAUCCUGAGGCACUUGCUUUAUUACACAAGUUAUGGCUGUGCCAUCCUGGGACCACGAGGCAAGCAAGUAAGGCGAGGCGAGGAGACGCGAGAGGCAAGGGAGAAAGUCAUGGGCUGGGGCAUAAGAUGAGGAACAAGGCUGAGCGAAUCAAACAACUAAAGCCUUGUUCAUCAGUCCCCUCCCUUCUCACUCACCCCAUCUCCGCCCCGUCUUCCCUUUGAGACAGUCUGAGCUCCCGGAUCUCGCUUUCCGGUCGGGCUUUGACCUUGAAGUGCUCCGUGUAUCAGAGCUACAUGCUCGGGAAGGCAAGAAGAGUGUGCAUCAGUCUAUAGGAGAGAAAGAGAUGAGGCCGCGGGCUGAUCCGCUCGAGGCUGAAGCUGAACGAUUGUUGUGUUUUGGGCUAAUAAGCUGAACUGAUAUCCUCGCUGCCACCCAUACCUCGGUGUCAUUUUCACUUUCCAUCGAUGGAGCAGACCCCAAAGUUAAUGUCAACCAGCCCAUGGUCGGCGAUAAUCAUCCUUGGUCAUUGGAAUUUCCUUUACAUCAAGCACAAGGGUCAUCGUAUACCCCUGCUCUCGAGUGGCCGGGCAUGCCGCUGCAAUUGCAUUUUGCUGCAUGCUCUGUAUCUGAUCCGUGUCCCGUCAGUCGAUCUUACUUUGUGCCAUUUCGAUUCCUUGUUACCACUCUCCCGUCCGGGACUGAAUAUUAUACUAGAACCAGCAUGUUAAUAUUACGAUUCGGAGCUUGGGCUCCCAAGCCUGGCCUGACCAGGUUUCGUCUGGGGGGGAUCUGUUCUAACAGGUGACCAACUGUCGAAGUGGACUCCUUUCGGGAGAAAAGUCUGACCUAUUACAACUCUCUCUCAACCUUCUCCAGUUUAGACCGAGCCUAGUUAGCCACUUCCCAUCAAAGUGCAUGGAUUUUGGCGCGCCGCGCUUUCUAGAUUAGACAGAGAUGCCCUAUGAAAGCUGCAAGUCGAUGGUUUUCAGAUGGGCUAUCUCUCUAGCUCGGGCGCGACAUUUUCUUCCUUCUCCUCUUUACAGUACCCGGCAGUGGACACUGAUACGGGACGCCCCAUCUUCUGACCUCAUCCUCACGAGCUCUGAGCCCUCCCAUUGCUCAACCUUCAUGAGGGCAUGGCCAAUCUUCUACUACACAACAUAGCAGGAGCGGGAUAAGAGGGUGAAAUAGGCUGACAGGUCUGAAAACAAAACCAGCCCUUCCGGAAAGGUAAAGUCAACGGUAAAGGGAGGGGGAUACGAGGAAACCCUAUUACCUUCAGAGGAACAACAUGACAGAGAUAGAGAGGACUUCCCUGGUCUUAUCCCACGACCCAUUAUGCUUUACUCGUUGCUUCUUCCGCUUCCCGUUCCGUUGAUCAGAAGCUUGUGUCUAUGGGAAUGGGUUUGAUUGAAAACCCUUUCCUGAGACAGUCUUCACCUAUCAGAUGGCUACGGGCCAGGGCUUUUGUGCCUACCCACGUCUUCUUUCAACGGCUGACGGUUCUCUUGCUUUUCCCGACCUGGCAAUGACCUGGCCAGGAUCAACGACAAGAAGAAGAGUCGGCUGAGAGCUCCAUAGUACUAUAACCUAGCUCACCGGUCUAUCCCCGAAUCCGAAAGCGUCCAUCCCAUUACCUCAAGGUCUGUUUUCUACCAUUUCAGAUUCCGAAUAAUUUGCUGCGCUUGUUGGCGGGUGAGUAUCUGUCUAUUUGUGAGCCUCUGUCUUGCCUACCCGCGUGAAGUCUCCCGCUGAGCGUUCAACGUCCUGUCAUACACGGUUUAAGCCACUCUCCGUCUUUAUCAGCUUCAUCCACACCCUAAAUGCCCAUGUACUGUACACACACUUCAACGGCGUCUUCAGAAUUCAUCAGUUGUCUACUCUGUACAUACAGCUUUCUGGCUUUUACCCACUACCCUCCCACACACACCACUCCUUGAUCGCUCGAAGUCACAGGAGACACCCCUCCCCCCUUGCGAGGGAAACCCCCCACACCCUCGUCGGUAUUCCUCGUGCAUUCUGCAUAUGUAUAUGGAGAAGGUCGACCUCUGGGGUCUCAUCUUUACAUAUGUAGCGAUGCGAAUGGCUUUAGGUCUCGCUUGUUUGCACUACGCUAUACUGCACUACACAUCUUGAAAACGAUAUACUCCUAACGGCCUGGCCUCGUGUUGGAACGUCCGCCUCAAGUUUUGCGGUCCACCAUCAAAACUCUGUCUCGAGAUUGCCGUCCGGAUCGAGCUACUGGCGGUCCUUUCUAGGCAUCGUUACGGCUCGCUGCCCUGUGGCUUCCUCAUCCGCCGGCCCACCCUCCACCGACUCAAUCCGUUCCUGUCUUACCUUUGUACAUUGCCCUGCCGCGUUUAUCCUGAGUCGGUUCUGCUGUCUCCGCAAUCUCCACGAGCUCAACGAGGAAAAAGCAAGUAAAAGAAACUUCCCGCCGUGUCUCACUUUGGUGUGUUUGCGUGUUGAAAGACAAGCCCUUUCCUGUCGGAGAAAAAGAGGGCUCACAAACAAACAACCGGCUCGAAGUUGAGAAGUCGAGGACAACAUUCUGCGACCUGACGAGUUCUAAACUCCACUACACCGUCGUUAAGGCUGAAUCUGCUGCGGGUUUGAGUGGCUGCGUUGUUCGUGUGCCUCGUUGGGCUGCGCAAAAGGUUUGCUGCAAUAUAAUCAACUCUUGUCUAACACGGAACAAAUUGCCCUGAGCUGGAACUGGAGGGAUCUACGGUAAACGUAGAUUCACUUCACUUUUGCAUUUUAGGAACCAAUUCGGGCAAGACGAUGCAUCUCUUUAUCGACUGGUGUCAAAUGUGAGCAACAUCACACCAAGUCUUUUCGUCCCCUCCAACACUGCUUCCAGCUUCCAGGAACUCGGCACCAAUCGUUUCGCCUCUUGUUCCCCGAGGAUUCUUGCAGACGAGACUGUUGGAUCUAUCAGUAUAUGAAACGGCUGCAAAGCCUCCUUUUCUUUAUCCAGUGCCAGUUAGGCAGCACAUACAACAAUGAACAACCCCAAUGGGACAACUGCAAUGGGACAUGAUAGCACCAUGGCCCAGAGUAAUGGGUAUGGGAGCGAUGCCUGGACAAGCAUGAGCCCUUACAGUCAAAGCCCAUAUAGCGCAAGCCCCUUGACUGAAUAUCCAUCCUUUGGCGCCUUUGUCAAUCAUGGACUGCCCUCGGAGUCAAUAAAUCGAAUGCCUCCUCCACCACCCCAAACACAUCAGAUGCUACAGCCAUCCCCAACACCUAUGGCUCAUCAUCAACUGCCCCUUCUGAAUACAACUUGGCCGAGCCAACUGACAAACCCGGCUCCGCCACAGAGUUACUCGGCACCACCCUUGUCAAUGACACCAGCUACCAGCGCACCGCCCGUGGAGCCCCCUAGGUUACCGACACAGCACGAGAAAUCGAGGAAGACUCUUACCACGGAACAGAAACGAGCCAUGUGCCAAUUCCAUGAAGAUAACCCUGGUACCCGACAAGCCGAUAUUGGAGCCCGAUUCGGCGUUGAAAGAAGCACAGUUUCCAAGGUUUUGAGGCAUAAAGAUCAGUACCUAAAGCGAGACCAAGAGCCAGAAAAUGCCGCUGUCAAGCGUGGCAAGGGCAAACAUCCAGAUUUCGACCGCACACUCAGCAACUACGUCAGGAGACAGCAACAGCGAGGUUUCCAAGUCAGCGACGAGGAGAUUAUGGAACAGGCCAGGCUUUUUGCUCAUGCGAGUGGAAACCAGGAGAGUGUCCUGAAUAAUUUGAAUAGCAGCUGGCUGCAGAAGUUUAAACAAAAGCACGGAAUUGGACCAGGCAAGUUGAUGCGGCGGGCUUCAGAGGCAAAUAUUCCGGAUAGUGCAAGACUCUCGACACUUGCCUCGAAGUCCAGCGAUCUGUCGCCUUCGCCAACGGGCCAGCUUUCACCGCUUUCAGGAAGUCGAAGCGAUGAGGAGGCACACGCUGAUGGAAUAGACUUUGACUUUGGGUAUAAGCAUCCCGAGUCCCAGUCAACAACCUCACUUUCGAGCGACUUUCGAGAUAAUACGGCCUCUUCAUUCUCUGGCACCAUGAGCCCAACUGGAACUUUUACUUUCUCCCCCGACCCCAAUGUGGGAGGAUUCCCUAUGGAUCAACUUCGAGGUACCGAUUACCAGCACAGAGAGAAAAGAAGCAACACAUUCCCGUCACUCAACAUUGACUAUGUGAAUCAAGUCUCAUCGUCAACGGAACCAAUAACUCCUCGUCAUCCUCCAUCUUCCACCGCACCGUCUUCGGCUUUAGAAUCGCCGCAGCAUGAACUUCAGGCGCCAUUUAGCAUCGAUACCAACGUCAACUCACCCCCUCCAAUGCUACGCCGCAGCAGCAGCAACUCAAGUAUAAAUCGAUCCACAGCAGCGACAAGUGCUACCUCAUCCACACCUGUUGAUUCAUCUCCAGUCUCGCCCUCCCAGGAGGACGCCCGCCGGGCCGCACAGACACUCCUGAAUUACAUCCAGACUGCUGGCACUUUCGAUUCCAACGACUAUAUGUCAAUCGUUCAGCUGACCAAAAAGCUCAAGAUCCACCAAGGUAGACCGUCGAUAGGAGGACUCUCUCGAAUCCCGGAAGGCGAUGUUGAAGCCCCUGUCCUCCUGUCGACCAAGAUGGAAUCGGCUUGAAGUCGGGCCAUGCUCAUAGCAUUGACUGUGUGUUUCUUUUUCGUACUGAUGUCUUAUCAAUCAAGUCUCUGUUCAAAUGGGAUUUUCCUGAGGGCAUAAGGGUGCUUAGAAUAUCGUGGUUGGGGCCAUUUUGGGUCAGCGCCCUGCUCACGCGGGUAACGGACAAUAAGAGCAUUCAAAACGAUGGCACUGGCCACGAUUUGAAGUGUUUGUUGAGUCUGUUUUGCAUUUCCACCGCACUUUGGCCGACUAUUCUUUUUUCAUUAAAAAAAAAACCCCUGAAAUCAAAAUGACAGAAAACCCAGGUUAACGGGAGCGAACUUUUUCUUAUACUCGAUACCAUCCUUGGAAAGUUUAUUCUGCCGCUCGCGCGAGCCCGAAGAACCAUAUAAAAACAGUCGUCCACACGAAGUUACAAUUGAAAACUGCUCGUUUCACAAACGAGGUGCGAAGGAAGAGGCAAAUGAUCGGAAAUAGGUGGAAAUUAUGGGGUCAAGGACUACAUGGUAGCAGGGAAGGGGUACACAUCAGGGCGACGAUCUCGGCAACAACAGUUUAAGGGGCAACGCAACAUGCUGCGUUUGUCAAUGUUUGUUUCCUUUUUGAAUGUUCUUCAUUUCCCAUAUACAUCUUUUCGUUUUUCCUGGUUGCAUUUUACGGCAUUGACGUGGAGGGGUUAAUUGUCUGCGCAUACGUUCGUUUCUUUAUAUCAUUAUCAUUUCUUGUCUAUAUUCUGUUCAAAGAUGAGAAGGUAUCUGCUGCGAGGCACGGCACGACACGGCGUGGUAUGGCAUGAUAUGUCACAGGGAACGAGGUGGUACAUGGUUUACAAAGCGCCUUGUUGAAGUCGCUAUGGUUUUCAGGACGGGAAUGGAAAAGAGGCCGAAGAGGCUCUUUGGUUGAGGGAAUGAGUGCUGAUGCUAGUUGAGUGUAGCCCACAAGCAGCUCGAGGGUGCACUGGAGGUGGUCAAAUGCCUGGCAGUCGAGGGCAUCCCUUCUUUGGUUGAAUGGGCGGCAUUUGUGCAUUUUGGAAUGUCCUUGCUCUUGACUCUUAUCGUUCCAUAUUGCUGUGAUUUCCCUAAACUCUGAUUAUGCAUUAUUAACUUGUCAACAAAGGGGUAUCAUUAGUCUAAAAGAGCGUCUACAGAUCUAUUCAGCCAAGUCUUUCUUCCCAAAGCUCCGUCACGCUUUUCUCCGUCAGCUCAGGCAUCAGGCGAGCAAGUAGCAGCUCCAGAAUGCUGUACAUCAGAUGCUUGUUGCAGUACUCAUCGUCUAGCACAAGAAGCAGCCUCUCCAUUUCAUCUACCAGAUCCUCGUCAUCUGAUAAAUCACCCUCGCUCUCCGCACUUCGCCGCCAUAAGCGACCACCAAAAUAAAGCCUUCCCACACCCUUCGGUAGCAACCCCCAAAGAGACUUAGCGGCUCUAUGACGCAGGGCUUGCAGCUCGGCCUCGGACGAUGGUGGGAACAAGGUCGUCUUACCAGGGGCGUUAUUGGGAAAGAGGACACCGCGAAGGGUACGCAGAAGAGGGGGCAGAUUCGAGGGAGAGAAGAGGGAAUUGAUGUGAUGCGAGAGGAGUCUGCGAGGGAGAUAGGUUAGCAUGUAUUGGCCUUAAUCUGUAUUUGAGGUAGUACAACGUGGGGGGUUCAAUGAUCGGAGACGUUAUAUGCAAUAAGGGACAUGUCGAGUGUAUGUCGGGCUAGCCGAUGUGAUGCGAUGCGCUGCAAUGCAAUGCAGUGUGAGAGUGAGCAACAAAGCUCAAGGCGAGACGAGGUAGUUAUUAGCCUAUUGGCUUUCACUCUCUCUGGGCUGGCGCAUAAAGUGGUGUCUCCAUGUUGAUCCGUCCCACGUUAGAUGGAUAUGGACCUAAUUGGGACCAGGAAGAGCUCUACAAGAUGAGGCUUGCAAGGUGCGGGGAAAUGGAUGAGGAAGCGCAUUCGUCGUCCAUGUUGGUAUAGGUCUCUCAUGCAGAUAGAGAUGUGAGAUUACACAACAGGUUUACAAUCAGGCCGUGGGUGAGUGUGGGUAGCAUAUGACCAGUCAGCCCUGUUCUCGAACCACUCCUUCGUCGUCAAGGAUCGUGUAAACAGCUCUGCGUGGAGGGUGUAGAAGACUCUGAUGGGUCCGACAUGUCUCGGGCUCUGAGAAAGAGCUGAGACCGACCGGUCAGACCAGCCCGGUCAAGCCAGACCGCUCCUGGAAGGUUCGCGAGUGUUGUGGCCAAGAUUGCGGUGAAAAUCUUGAGUAUGGUUCCACAGGCCAGUAUAGCAUAACCUCGCCGGAAAUGACAAAGGUAGUCUUAUGACGGGUGGCGCGGCACGGAGCGAGAGUCAAUUCAAGCUCAUUGCUGCAUCGUCAAAGAGCGGGUAGUCCCCUUGGAGAAGCUGACAUGGGCAGGGCGCGUAAUCUUGACAUUUCGCUGGAUGAAAAGGCCUAGCUUCGUGCACCAUGUCAAGCAAUCAGGUGUCAAAGACAGCGCUAUGUCUUUCAAUUGGCUGAAAGCCCAAAUCCCAAGACCCAUAUCAAACAUGAUCGCGACACCGAGGAACAUGACAAGAAAAAAGGUGUUGCCUUGGUUUGAUAGUCCUCGUGUUGAAAUUGUGGGCUGUGGGUUGUGGGUUGCCUGGGCGUGCGAAGAUGGCGGUUUAGACGAGGUCAUAGACGGCAUGGGCCGCUCCCAAGACAAGGCGGGCCGUUUGACCAUACCUGUGCCGCUAAAUAAGUCAUUGUCCUGAAAGCUCACUGGAGCUUCAGGAGGUCCAGUGACUUCAGGCUCAUGCGAGGUGAAUACUGUCUGGUGAUGGUGUAGGUGUGAGGAAGUGGGAAUAGAGACGCUCAUAUCUUACCUGUCAAUAGGGCCAUCGUGGCCAGCGAUUCGUCCAGGUCCGUUGACUGCGCCGUAUUGUAAAAGUGAUAGAAAUCCAUCCAGCCAAGGCAUGCGCAAGCUGAGCUCAAACAGAUUUCCAAGACAUGUCCAUACUCGACACGACAGGAUCGGCGCCUUAACAGGGUCGAAUGACCUCGGCGGAGACUUGUCGUGAUCCAGCAAAGCUUCUUUCUCAUCCAAGGGCGUGGCCCUAGCAGGGAGGGACGAUGCCAUCACCAGGGCAGUCGUGAUAAACCGGAGCGAGGCAACUACCAGCAUCCCAAGCUGAAUAACCGCAAGAAACAUAGACCUUACAGACCAGCUGCGACGGCCUUUUACGUCAACCUUGGGACCACCGGCAUCGUUUUGGGUCUCUGUAACCACUACCCCUUGGUCUUUUCUCUGUCGCAAGACCCUGGCCGUGAUGCAGAUGCCCUCAUACAGUAUCCAUGGCUGAGCGGCCUUAUUGGCUAUGACGUUACCAAUUAUAAGCUCUGAAAAGAUCUGUUCAACGAGAGACGUAAGACAAGGGUUCUCGAGGUCUUCCGUGGGCAAUAGGAUCGCGAGGACGCCCUGAACCAGCAAUUGGCGAUACAGUGCUUCAUUCUCCUUCUGGUCGGAUAUCGUGUCUGGGCAAUCUGGGUGGGGGACUGGUGCAAGGUGUGGCAGAGGGCACAUGGCAUGGUAGGCCUCUCGAGGAUCGACCUCAACAGGCUGUCUGGUGAUAGGGCUAUGAGAGAUACGGUAUGCUGGUCACCGUUAGACAGGAAUGGCGUAGUAGAGUUCUAGUCCUCACAUGUUAUGUGCUUGUCCAGCAAGUCAGGCAUCUCAUCCAAUACUAGGCUCUCUAGAUCAACCUUACGGAACCGCUGUUCCAAUGCUCGGGAACAGUGGGCGAUAAUGUGCAAUAUCUCUGAUACAAAGUGUUCAUCCGUAGUGAU